GUUACUCAUGCGAUGAGUGAAGCAGUUUAAGCGUGUAUUCUUUGAUUUUCACGUACAACAGCUUUUCCCCCUCGGUAAGUAACGCUCACCGGAUAAAAAUGGCCGAUUCCGAACUGGCUCGCAAGAACUGGGAGAUGGAGAACAACAUCGAAACGCUGCCGGCGAGCGACGAAAUCUUUCGCUACGAUGCCGAACAGCAGCAGCGGAUACUGGCGGCCCGUCCCUGGGACAAGGAUCCGCACUUUUUCAAGGACAUCAAAAUUUCCGCUUUGGCUCUGCUGAAGAUGGUGAUGCACGCUCGCUCCGGCGGGGCGCUGGAAGUGAUGGGCCUGAUGCUGGGUAAGGUUGAAGAGGACACCAUGGUGGUGAUGGAUGCCUUUGCGCUGCCUGUGGAAGGAACCGAGACGCGGGUCAAUGCCCAGUCGCAGGCGUACGAGUACAUGACGGCUUACAUGGAAGCGGCCAAGGAGGUGGGACGCUGUGAAAACGCCAUCGGGUGGUACCAUAGCCAUCCGGGGUACGGUUGUUGGCUGUCGGGAAUCGAUGUCAACACGCAGAUGUUGAACCAGAACUACCAGGAACCGUUUGUGGCUAUCGUGGUCGAUCCGGUCAGAACCGUCUCCGCCGGGAAGGUAUGCCUGGGAGCGUUCCGGACGUAUCCGAAGGGCUACAAACCACCGAACGAAGAACCGUCCGAGUACCAGACCAUCCCACUGAACAAAAUCGAGGAUUUCGGCGUGCACUGCAAGCAGUACUACCAGCUGGAGGUAUCCUACUUCAAGUCGGCAUUGGACCGAAAGCUGUUGGACUCGCUGUGGAACAAGUACUGGGUCAACACGUUGGGCAGCUCCGGUCUGCUGAGCAACGCCGAUUACACGACCGGUCAGAUUCUGGAUCUGUCGGAGAAGCUGGAACUGAGCGAGGCUAGCCUGGGACGUGGCCCGUUCGUGGUCAGCGGAACUGAUCCGAACGAAAAACGCACGGAGGACAAGCUCUCGAAGGCCACCCGCGACUGCAGCCGGGCUUCCAUCGAACUGAUCCACGGAUUGAUGGCGCAGAUUGCCAAGGACAAGCUGUUCAACACGGUCAACGUGAAGACUGCCAAGUGAAUGAUUCUAUUGAUACGGUAUAAGCUUACUCAAUAAAUAACAUGUAAACGAAGUUCAUUCAAUAAAUCUUAUUAAACCCUUUUGAUUCUCUCAGUAAAA